AUGCAAUUUCCACGGUAUUUCCUACUGUCUGUGGUGCUAACACUUGCUCUCCAUGAAGUUUUGGCCUCAAAUUUCCAGGAGGAUGUUGACAAAAGCCCAGACAUAGAUGAGAAAAUUUUGGUGGGUAAAGACGACCCACAGGACUCCAAAACUCUGGAGUCCGCUUUUAAAAUUAGCAAUGAAGAUGGAAAUGUUCAGCUGAAAUUUUGGUUCCGAGGUGAAGAUGACGAAAAUGAUGAUGGAGAAGAUGAUGUUGACAGCGACAACGACAACGAUGGUGUCGUUGACUCUGACGAUGAUGAUGGCGGCGAUAAUGAAGACGACGGUGGUGAUCGCAAAAGGCAUGAUGCUCUGGGCCGUCAAUACAGCUCAGAAUAUAACCCCAAAUUUGACAGGAGAAGACGUCGUACUUAUCACGAGGAGGAUGAAGAUGGCGAACGAUAUUUAGAUAUCGGUUGUACAAGAUAUGGUUGUUUCGGUUUUGACCGAUACGAUAUCUACAAUAAGGAUGUGGAACAGGGAAAUGACCUCUGGAGGAGCUAUCGCGGAGGUGGUUUUCACAGUCGAACAGGAAGGUCGUAUCAUGAAGAUUAUGAUAGCGAUGACAAUGACAAAGACAGAGAUGAUUAA